GCUUGACGUUUUAAAGGGAGCCCUGAGCGCGUCGCUGCUUCCUCAGAUUUUACAGAGCCCGAGAAAGGGAGAAGCGGCCAAGAGUCGCGGCGGGCUCUCGCUGCCCCCUUUUUCUUCCCUGAGCGGGCUGUACAAUCCUCGGCAGUGUCCUGAGACUGUAUGGUCAGCUCAGGGACGGCUCGGUUCGGAGAGCAGCCUGCUUCGGCCACCUUCGUCUUUCUGCUCCGCGUCUGAAUUGCGCGGAGAGACGCCUAUCCCCGGGGGCCCUUGGGCGGCAAGGAAUCUUAAGCGCGGGGAAGACAGAAGCGGCGAAAAGGGCGAGCGAAAAACCACCCAAAGCCCAGCGCCUAUCAAAGGCCUUCAGGGACUUUCCCACCCACUGAAGCCAGCCUCCCACCCCGCCGCCUGAAUCUCGGUGAGCCCGGGCUGCCCUUAGCCCAGUGGGACGCCCACGGGAGCCCUGCGUCUUCCUCUCCUGGCGGUUUGGGUUAGAGCCGGGAAAAGCGCGAAGGGGGCAGCAGCGGGAGCGGCAGAGGCGUCCAGGAUGACAGCUGAGAAGGAAAAAAAGAGGAGCAGUUCUGAAAGAAGGAAAGAGAAAUCAAGGGAUGCAGCAAGAUGUAGAAGAAGCAAAGAAACUGAAGUAUUCUAUGAGUUGGCCCAUGAGCUACCAUUGCCUCACAACAUUAGCUCACAUCUGGACAAAGCAUCUAUUAUGAGGCUUGCAAUCAGUUUCUUACGGACACACAAGCUGUUGUCUUCAGUCUGCACCCACAAUGAGAGAGAAACUGAGAAAGAUCAACAGCUGGAUAACUUGUACCUGAAAGCUUUAGAGGGUUUUAUCACUGUCAUCACACAGGAUGGAGACAUGAUCUUUUUGUCUGAAAACAUCAGCAAAUAUAUGGGCUUGACACAGGUGGAAUUGACUGGGCACAGCAUUUUUGAUUUCACUCACCCAUGUGAUCAUGAAGAAAUUCGGGAAAAUCUAAGCUUGAAAAAUGGUCCAGGUUGUGGGAAAAAAAGUAAAGAGAUGUCCCUGGAACGUGACUUCUUCAUGAGAAUGAAAUGCACUGUUACCAACAGGGGCAGAACUGUAAAUCUCAAAUCUGCCACAUGGAAGGUUUUGCACUGCACAGGACAAAUUAAGGUCUAUAAUACCUGUCCUCCUCAUGCUCUGUGUGGCUUUAAAGAGCCACUCUUAUCCUGCCUUGUUCUGAUGUGUGAGCCCAUUCAGCAUCCUUCCAAUACUGAUAUUCCACUGGACAGCAAGACUUUCCUGAGCCGUCAUAGCAUGGACAUGAAAUUUACUUACUGUGAUGACAGGAUAACGGAAUUAAUUGGAUAUCAUCCUGAGGAGCUGCUGGGCCGUUCUGCGUAUGAAUUCUAUCAUGCACUGGAUUCUGAGAGUAUGACCAAAAGUCAUCAAAACUUAUGUGGAAAAGGUCAAGUGAUUACAGGGCAGUAUCGCAUGCUUGCCAAGCAUGGUGGCUAUGUGUGGCUUGAGACCCAAGGAACAGUCAUUUACAAUACUCGGAACUUGCAGCCUCAGUGCAUAAUUUGUGUUAACUAUGUUCUAAGUGAAAUAGAGAACAACGACAUUGUAUUCUCCUUGGAUCAGACAGAAUCACUUUUUAAGCCUCAUAUGAUGGCCAUGAACUCUAUAUAUGACCAUGGAAUUCCAGUGGCUGAUAAGAGUGACUUCUUAUUCACCAAGCUGAAGGAAGAACCAGAAGAACUUGCUCAGUUGGCACCAACACCAGGCGAUGCAAUUAUUUCUCUUGACUUUGGAACGCAAAAGUUUGAGGAAAUUCCUGCCUACAACAAAGCUGUGAUGACUCCAAACACUCAGUGGGCUCCAGAAGGGAAGAACCAGGCAUCCCAGACUGAAAAGCUGACCGUGCCAUCAUUUACCUUGCCUCAAGCGGCACCUGGCAGCAGUACACCCAGUGCAAGCAGCAACAGCAGCUGUUCCACCCCAAGUAGCCCAGGAGAUUAUUACACUUCUUUAGAUGAAGACCUGAAGAUAGAGAUGAUUGAGAAGCUUUUUGCCAUGGACACAGAUGCCAAGAAUCAAUGCAGCUCACAGACUGACUUCAAUGAACUGGAUCUUGAAACUUUGGCUCCUUAUAUUCCCAUGGAUGGAGAAGAUUUCCAGCUGAGCCCUAUCUGUCAAGAGGAGCGUCCUCUGUGUGAAAGUGUCCCUCUUCCCCAGCACAGCUUAAGUAACAUGAAUAGUCUCUUCCAACCACUUGCUCCCUCUUCCCAAAGCGACUUCCUGCCAGAGAAAUAUUGCCAGUCAGGAUCUGACAAAAGCAUGCCACCAGGCCAAGGGACUCUGCCACUGGCAUUCUUCAACCAUGGGAGUCAGUCAUCUUCAUUCUUGCUGCCCUACUAUGCACAAGCCAACACUCCACUAUCUUCAAUGGGUGGGAGACCAAAUACACAGUGGCCACCUGACCCACCAUUACAGUAUGUGCCAACAAAAUGGAGAGGAAUCAGCCAUAAAUCUUUAACAAGCUCUGCAUCAGACUCUCCAUCACUGCAUUUGCCCAACAUAAGCACAGAUAGGAAAAGAUCACUGGAAAGUUUUGGGCAGCGUGGCAUAGAUAUAAAUCCAGCCCAAAUAGCUCUUGCCAACAGUCUGAAAUUGAAGCGGCAGUUAGAUUAUGAGGACCAAACAUUUCAACAUCUGAAUGGGACACAAGAUGACAUAUCCGGCCUUAAUCCAACCCACUUAAUGUUGAAAAGAAUGAAAAUUCUCAGAAGUGAAAACUGUGCAUUGCUUUCAGAAAAGAAGUCACUCAGCACAAGUGUCCUUAAUGACAAGUUUCUUUAUAACCUACAAAGAGGCCCAGGCCAGCCAGCACAUGUGAUGCAGCAACAACAGCAAGAUAUACCCCUGUCCUCUGGCAACUCUGCAAAUAAUUCCAAAGCUGUGUACUCUCCACCUUUUUACAAAACCCCUUAUCAGGACUUCAGUGUAUUGCAAGCUCAUAGGAUGUCAGGAGUUGCAAGUCGUCUGCUCGGGCCUUCUUUUGAACCUUAUUUGUUGCCAGAAUUAACCCGAUAUGACUGUGAGGUUAACGUCCCGGUGAUGGGCAGUUCGACGCUUCUGCAGGGAGGUGACUUGCUUCAAGCUCUUGACCAAGCCACUUGAGCAAAUCUGGGUGCCCCCCCCCCGGGCUGAUAUUGUUCCAAGCAGCUGCAGUUUUAAAAUAUAUUUUUGCAAGUAGACAAUUUCUAAUACCAAUUUACAUUUUUACAAGAUUUUACUUACUUGUUGAACUUGUCCACUUUACCAAAUAGUGGCCUUUCUGAAACGUUAACUCACUUUCUUAUUUGCUUUAAAAGAAGUAUGCAUCUACUGUAUUUUUCCUUUUAUUCCAAUAAAGUGUUCCUUAGAAAAUUUAUAUUAUAUUAUUCCCCUUUGCUGUGUGUAAUUUAUAUGUUCUGAAAUUUCCUCAAUAUUCAUGCUAAUUAAAAAAAAAAGGCUUUGCGUGUGCUAAUGCCUGUAUGUAAUACUUUGGCUCAAUUUAUUGUAACUGUGUCAUUAUUAUUAUUUUUUGCCAAAGAUUAAGUGAAAUAAAUCUUUUCCCUGAUGGUAGUCAGCACUGCCUUAUUCAAACAGAGGAUCUAUAUGGCCAUUCCCAAACUGUUUCUUAAAUUUUCUACUGUGCAAAAGAAUUCAAGCUUCAAUCUUUUCACGAAUCCAAAACUAAGAGAAAAAACUGUGUUAAUUCUAAGAGUUAACUGCUGUGUUGCCUAAUCCCUGUGAAAAUAACAAAUUGUAUUCUAAUUUAACAUAUGGGUCAGUGUCCUUGUUUAAAACUGAAUGUUCUGGUAACGCAAACAGUGGUUUGCAAUAGUAUUCAAAGGCUAUGCAUAUCAAGAACAGAAAAUGAAGUAAAUGUGAGAAUGGAUCAUUUAGUUCCUGCUUCCUCUGUAACAUUACAUAUUACCUUAAAGUGCACUCACAGAUCAUGCAACUUAGAGAAUCGGCUUCAGUGCUUAUCCUGAUUUAGCUUUAAAGAGGGAUGCUUUUUGCUGUUGUGUAUUGAAGAGCCAAAGCUAUCUGUCCAAUCCCUGCCAUGGAUUUAAACAAUAUGAAAGUGCCUUCCUCACCUGAUCUUAAGAGAACUCCCACAAUUCAAUGUUUUCCUAAAUUGAAAUAGGUGGGAAAGUUGCUGACUUUUUAGGUUUUAACCAUGUAUUUUGGAAAAGAAUCCAAAUCAAUGGAACUCAUUUAGAUGAUAAUUAAUUCUGCGGAAUCUGUCUAAUUAAAUCAAGAAUUUAAAAGAGAAUUGGGGAUAGUCAUAAAAAAUACUAAUCACCUAUAUUAUUGUAUAUGUUUUAAUUCCCUGAUGUUUUGACCCAACCACCAUACUGAUUUGAUAAUUUUGCCUGGGUUAAAUAUUUAUCACAAACUGGUACUUUAUAAUAUCUUUUAAAAUAGAGGCUGAAUUAUGAAUGCUUCUUUGGGAUUCUUUUCUCCAGUUCCAUCAUUUUGUUAUGCCAUGACAGGAAUUGUCUGAAGGUUAUCAUGAACACUGCUAAUUGUAGUUUAGGCUUUUGUUUUUCCCCCCUCAGCUAGCCAGCCACAUCCUUCACGCUACCAAUUUGUGUUCAGAAAUAAAUACAUUUGCUUGUUUGCUUACUAUGCUAUAGAAAGAAUUCUAGACUCUGGUGCAAUUGAGAUUUUUGUCACUUUUUUUUUUAGUAUACCUUAAUGUUGAUAAUCUUUCCAUGCAAAUAAUCUUUUAGUAGGUUUUCAAAAGACCAUUCUGAACUUUCAGAAACACUAUAAGAAAAUAUGUUGGUGCUCAGGAAUUUAUUUAAAUAGAAGGAGUCCAUUUCAUUCCAUGUAGUUCUGUUUGCCUUUACUGAGUAAACAGGAACAGCUGUAUAUUCAAUUCAGUAAUAAUAUAAGCUCAAGGAAUUUAGCAGAUUUAAAUUAUUUAUUAAAACCAUAGAACAGAUGUGUACAACCUGAGGCCCUAAGGUCUUAUCUGGCCCCCAAAAGCUUUGGACCCAACCCUUAGAGACCUCUCAAAGUUGUUACCAAACAGUUGUUACCGGUGUGUUGGGGCUGACACAAUAUUUAAUAAGACAAACAAAGUAAAGUUAUUAAAUGUGCAAGUAGAGAUCAGUUGUGUUUAUUACUUUAAUUUGAAUUCAGUUUAGAUGUUAAUGAAAUGACAUCAUAUUGGAGAGCUGCUGCCAGCUUGCCCAAGGUUCAGUGUGAUGCUUGACACAAAAACAAUUGCGCACCCUUUAAAUUUUAGAACAAGCUUUAGAAGGCCAAGGUAGAGUCAGGAAAUCAGGAAAUGUUACCUGAUGCUGAAGUUUCACCUGGUUAGAUGAUUAUCUGGUGCAAAUUAGCACCAAUUGAAAAUUUAAAAAACAGAGACUUCUCUUAGAGUAAAACUGGUUUCAUUGGAGAAUGGGGUUAUGGGGAAACACUCCAGAGCAGGUUGUGGGAAGGAGUGAUGACUCUUUGCCCCUGGGAAAAAUCAGAGAGAGAAAAAAUCCUGUUGUAUAAGUGGAAGUGUACUUACAUGGGAUUCAAUUCCACUCUUAGAAAUUAAAACAGUUUUACUAUAUUUCUCCUUGUGCUCAUUGCCCUCAUAAAGACAAAUGUGUUAAUAUUUAAGGCUCAUUGAAGACAGUGGGUUCAAGAUGUAGCCAAGCUUUCCUCAAAGUCCUAUUAUCUUGACUAUCAUUACCUUUUGAAGGGGGAAAGGAGAGUUUCAGGGCUAUAUUUAUUUGUGGUUUACUGCUGAAGUGCCUUAAACCGCUUAGUCCAUAUUUGCUACAAAUAUGGCUCCCAUUCUUCUCUACAUGAGAAAUAUAAAACUCUGCUAGAACUUUGCAUGUUCUUCACUGAAGGUAUUAAUGGAAUCCUUGUAAACCCCAAACAGUUGCCUGUCUGCCUUACAUAGAAGUUGAAGUUUUAACAAACAUCAAUGCUCCAUCUAGCCAAAGCUAAGUUAAUAGAAAAGGGAAAAACAGAUUAAAUGUGAUGUAAAUAAGAUUUUGCUUGCAUUUUUGGAAAAGAGUUCUUCAAGCUAAACUCAUGAAAGAAGUUGUUUGCAGAAAGAUUUUAAAGUGAAAAGUGUUCAGGAAUGAGGUCUGCUCAGGGAUCUUUUUUUUAAAAAAAAACAUUACACUUUUGUUUAUUGAUUCCAUAAUGAAUGGAAAAAAAGACUCAGAAAUGCUGUAAAGGUGCCCUGGUUAUUUUUGUUCCAGGACAUAAUCUCUCCAUUUUGAAAUACUCAUACUCGGGAGGCUAUUCUGGUCCCCAAAUUAGGAUUUUCAUCAUUUCUCAACAGCUCACUACAUUGUACCAAGGGCAAGCACUUGUGAAAGAAAAGUCUGGAGCAUGUCUUCCACUCAAGAUGUUAGCCUUAACAUUCUGCCACUUGAUGAUUAGCAUCUACAGGUGGGAUUAUAUAAGGCAGAGGAAAAAUCAGGGCCAGUCAAAGCAAUCUUUACAGCAAAGGAUAAAGAGGUAUAGAACUCCUCCAAUUCCAGAAAUUGUUCAGACUGAGAAUUGAAUCUUCUUCAGAAUUGAUGACAGGAAUAUCCUCUGUCUCAUCUAAAAGUAGUGAACUAAAUUAGAAAUUAUUAAGCAAGCAGUCCAGAGACAAAAUGUGGCCCAUGCCUCUGAAAAAUGCAUAUUCUAGGUUCACAUGAAGUACAAACCCAGCCAUCAAAUAUAAUUCUAUACCUAUAUGAUAGUAAGCCCUGCUGAAAGAGAAAGGACAUAAUUUUGGAAAGACAUGUAUAAAUUUUCAUUUCCAAGUGUUUGCCUAAAGCCAUGCAAAUUUCAGGAAGAAUUUCUCAAAGGGUAGCCAUCAUAAUAUACCCUUUUUCAACUUGGUGCUCUCCAAUGUUGAUUGCAACUUUAAAAAAUACAGAACCCACAAUAUAUAUCAGGAGGAUAUCAUGUGGAGGAAGACUGUGAUAAUAGUUUCACAACUAAUUAAGUAUAUGGCAUAAUUUCAGAUCUGCAGGAAGAGUGUUUUAUCAGAAUAUUGUAUUUAAAAAUUAGGACUUAUGAAGCAUUAAAGUAUUGUUUAUAUAUAUAUAUAGUUUGUCAUAAUGCAUAUGUUCAAAGAAAUGCAAUGUAUUACAGCUUCAACUAAAAUAUAUUUAGCGGCAAAUUUGAUUUGCUUAAUGUGAUUCUCAUAUGAGUUUUGAUUGGAUCAGAUUUUCAAUUAUUAUCAUAAUAAAGUUUUAAUUUUGGAAGAAACAUUAAAAAUAUCCACAUUAAGCUGCUAAUCUCAAAUAGUUCACUUUAAAUGAUCCAUUGAUUUACAGUGACAUCUCUGGAGCUAAAGUGGUUGAAGCAAAAAAGAUCUGUUUGUGAUAAAGAGCUGUGUGCCUGAAUGGCACUCAUAUAUUGCUAUUUUAUUUUUAUUUGUAGUUUCAGCAUUCAAGUGUUUACCCCUAACCUUUUACUAAAAAUACACUGAGGAAGAGGGAGACCAUGCUUAUAAUAUUAACCAUAACUAUUGUCAUAAUUAUUUCAUGUUCUCUCUAUUGUUGAAUUUCUUACUGAUAAUCUUGUAACUGUAUGGCAACUUUUAAUUCAAUAAAGAAAUGUAUUUUGACAUUGAUACUUUAUUAAAGAUUACUGAUCCUUC